CAGGACAGAGCGACAGGAGCAGGCUGAGCUGGUGCUGGUGGACACAUGCACAGGAAUGUGAUGCCCAAAACGCUGGAUGGACAAAUAACGAUGGAGAAGACACCGAGCUAUUUUGUGACCAAUGAAGCCCCAAAGCGCAUUCACUCCAUGGCCAAGGACACCAAGCUGAUCGUGGUGGUGCGGAACCCCGUCACCAGGGCCAUCUCGGACUACACGCAGACGCUCUCCAAGAAACCUGAGAUCCCCACCUUCGAAGUACUCGCCUUCAAGAACCGGACCCUGGGACUGAUCGAUGCCUCCUGGAGCGCCAUCCGCAUCGGGAUCUAUGCGCUGCACCUGGAGAACUGGCUGCAGUAUUUCCCACUUUCCCAGAUCCUCUUUGUCAGCGGUGAACGGUUAAUUAUUGACCCAGCUGGAGAAAUGGCCAAGGUCCAGGAUUUCUUAGGCCUCAAAAGGAUUGUGACAGAGAAGCAUUUUUAUUUCAAUAAAACCAAGGGGUUUCCUUGUUUGAAGAAGCCAGAGGACAGCAGCGCCCCCAGGUGCCUGGGCAAGUCCAAGGGUCGAACUCAUCCCAAAAUAGACCCAGAUGUUAUUCACAGACUGCGCAAGUUUUACAAACCAUUCAAUGUCAUGUUUUACCAAAUGACAGGUCAAGAUUUCCAGUGGGAACAGGAAGAAAGUGAUAAGUAAAGCCAAGACAGCAGGGAAAAAGCUAUCUGCUAUUUAGAGGUGAAUCGUUGUCAGAGACACUAAACUCGCACAGAGCUAAAGUCUCAGUCUUAUGACAAAGAGACUUGCAUUGUCAAGGUUAAAGUCAAGCUGAACAGCAUUUCCAGCUCUGAAACCUUCAUGUCACAGCGAGUACAGGUUGCAUUUGGGUCUGUUCCAAGCCCUCCCACUGUAUUGUAUUGCAAGAAUGGCUGGGGGAGGCUCCAGUGGGACGGGGAGGCUACCUGUUUCUAGCACUUUGUUCCUGGUGCUUCCUGUCAGCGCCAGCCAGUCAGUAUUCGGUGAGUCCUACCCAUGGCCAACAAAGGAUGAGAGAAGCUUAUAGAAUCCCAAUAGCGACAAGGCAAGCCGACAGAUUCAAUUUCUUCUGCACUACUUUAGUUUUGCCUUGCUGGCAGUCAGGUGGUAUCAGAUCACACACAAACAGCAAAGCUGCAAAGAAACUAUUUACAGACACUUCACUUGCAUACUAGUUACACCUUGCACUAGCUACCAACCAUGUACCAAGUGCCAUAAAUAUCCUGAGCCCGAGUCUUUUCUCACUUUUGGAUGUAACUCCAUUAACUGAACAGAGUUGCUUCUGAUUUCCUCUGGUCUGCAGUGAGGCCAGAGGCCAGGCUUUCCCUCUAAGUUCUCAUAUGCUCCUUUAGAUGAUCAUGCACUGAAAAACACUGUCAUGCACUGGUUCCUAAGGAGCCAGCUAAGAAUGAUCUCAUGGGCUCCAUCCCAGAAAGCUUGGCCUGGACGCACUGCACAGUCUCCUAGCAGAAGGUGCAGGGUCUCACUCACAGCUCUUCCUGCAGGCAGGUAAUGAAGUGGCAUUUCUCAAUCAUUCUGGAAACCUACUGCUUCCCUGAAUAGCAGAUGGCAGUUGAAGUUGUCAUUACAGGCGGCUUUUUAGUUCUUUGCUAGGUAGCCAUUAGCCCAGAAGGAGCUCCUUUACUGAGUAAUAUUUCAUCACUGUAUCUAGAGUGGUGUGCAAAAUCCAGACACCGGCCUGACUUUCAGAAAUGCUGAGCAGGCACAAAUGCCACUGAAGUCCCUGGGACCAUGGGUGCAAGCUGGUGGGACUGUGGGUGCUCAGCACUUCUGAAAAUCAGGAUUCAGCUGGGUUUGCAAAACCGUGAGACAUUCUUCAUCUUUGCUUCAAAAUCUGCAAAGAGGAGAAAAGGUCAUUCCACCGAGCGAGCGCUCACUACGCUGGAGAAAUCUUCCUUUCUGAGUGGAAAUGACAAAGGUUUAUGAUCAACCAAAUUGGCAAAUCCCAAUGGAAACGAUAAGAUAAACACCUGUCACUCCUAGAACCUCAGCAAAUCCAAAGCGAGCUGCAUGCCUGCAUCAGCAAAGACAAGGUAGCAGCAGUUUUACACAGCUGCACUAUAUUCCAUGUCAGUUACUGAAAACCCCCCAGGAACAAUGGACACAAAAAGAAAACCCUGUGUUACCUGUGAGGGAACAUUUCCUUCCUUUGGGUGAUUUCUUGCUGUCGAGGGUUUCUUUUCCUUUUAUUUCCUGUUUAAAAAGAGCAGCAGUGGGGCCUGCGUUUGCAGGGGGAGGAGGGAAGGUGUUUUAUUUUUAUCAAGCCUCAGUGCUCCUUUGAGAUGUCGUGUUUGUUGCUGUUUGAAAGCAGCAAGAAAACACAGCUUAUGUAUUCCUGAGCAAGACCAAGCCUCGGUUUUGAUUAAGGUGGCAAGAAAUCCUUGUUGAUCCAACUAACCAAAGGAAAUGUCACUAAG